AUGACGUCGUCUGCUAAACGGCGCCUGCAAGCGCUCAGCCAGCAGCUUGUCGAAGGGAUUCCGGAUGCUGGCACAUUUGAGGGAAUUCCACGGAUUCGUGCUGUGGCUGGAGACUCUGUUGGACAACGGGUUAAGGACAAGGUUGUUAUUGUGACUGGAGCAAAUUCCCCCAUCGGAAUCGGACGAGCAAGUGCCCACCAAUUCGCGCACAACGGGGCCAAAGCCGUCUACCUGUGCGACUACGACGAUACCUACCUCCCUGUUCACAAACGGGAAAUCGAAUCCUUGUACCCGGAUGUUGAGGUACAGAUUCGCCAAUUCGAUGCGGGAGAUGCGCCUUCCGUAAAAGCCGUAGUUGAUGACGCAAUUACUCGUUAUGGGCGGUUGGAUAUUAUGUUUGCCAAUGCGGGUGUUGUUGGGUCGACGAAGCUGUUUACAGAGAUUGAGCCGGAGGAUUUCAUGAAGACUCUCAAGACGAAUACAUUAGGUGUGUUCCUCGCUGCCAAAUACGCCGCUCCCGCGAUGCAAAUAACCUCUGCCUCAAAACCCUUCCCCUCCGGCUCCAUCAUCUGCACCGCCUCGGUCGCAGGCAUACGCUCCAACGCCGGAGGAACGGAUUACUCCGCCUCCAAAGCCGCAGUCAUCAACAUCGCGCAGACAACCUGCUACCAACUCGCGGGCACAGGGGUUCGAGUCAACGCAAUCUGUCCCGGUGUGAUCGAGACGGGCAUGACAAAAGUCAUGUACGACGCUGCGCGAGCGAGAGGAACGCAGGAUAAGAUUGGACAACUCAACCCCUUGCGCAGAGGAGCGGUGGCGGAUGAGGUUGCACGUGUAGCUCUGUUUUUGGGGAGUGAGGAAAGUAGUUAUAUGAAUGGGCAGGCUGUGACGGUUUGUGGGGGGUUGAGUGCUGGACAUCCGUUUGUGCCUGGGAAGCUCGGUUGA